GUACACACAGACAGACACAGACACACUGGCUCACCCAGAUCUCGCCUAAACUAAAUCAAUCAGAAGUAAACUACUGAUUCCAGUUUCCGCACAUACGUUAUCACUGAUUGGCUAACAAAACUGCACAUGAACUUCACAAGGACACACUUACAAGCAGAAGAAACACACCCAUACAAACACACACACACAGACACGCAGAGCAAAGAGACACUCCCCCUUCACAUGUGGUCUCAAGUGAUAUUGCAGCAGUUAGACAUCUGAACUCCAAACUCGACAGUAUUUUUUUUUUUUUUAACAACAUCAUGAGUCUAUCCGCUGCUCAGCAAGGAGGUGCCCCGACAUGGAGAGAGGCCAGAAUGGAGAUGGCCAAAAGACUAAAGGACGACGAGAAGCUCCACUUGUUUGACGGAAUCCUCUACCCUGUGGUGCUCUGCCCGGCCGAAAACAUCGAGGCCCUUAGGACCCUGAAGGCUAGACCAGACGAUUUGGUUCUGCUUUCCUUCCCAAAGUGCGGAUUCAACUGGACGGUGUCUCUCUUACGGAAAAUGCUGGUUGCAGCAAAAGGGAAGAGUUUCUCAUCAGAGAUGCCUCCACAGCUUGACUUCUGUUCGCCAGAGAUGCAGAGGACAAUAGAACAAGAGCCGUCGCCAAGGUUACUGGGCACUCAUUGUCACAUGGGGAGACUGCCUCUUCUGUCCCAGUCCAUCAGAGACAACAAGACAAAGAUGCUAAUGAUGUUCAGGAACCCAAAAGACACGGCUGUCUCCUACUUCCACUUCAUGAACAGUAACCCAGCUCUUCCCAGCGCCGCGUGGAACUCGUUCUUCUCAGACUUCAUUACUGGGAACGUAACAUUUGGGUCCUACCUGGAUCAUAUUGAAGCCUGCUCCAAACUGGUCGAUGAACCCAAUGUGAUGACAGUUAUUUAUGAGGACCUAAAGGAGGACUUGACUGGAAAUCUCCGGCGGAUCGCCCGAUUCCUGGACGUCCCCCUGACGGAGGAGCAGGUCCAGGCCAUCUCAGCCGAGAGCACCUUCAGUGCCAUGAAGGAGAACGCUGUCAACACCCAUGGCAAAUUUGGCAAUGUCUUAUUCCGGAAAGGUGAGGUGGGUGACUGGAGGAAUCACUUCAGUGAGGCCCAGAGCCAACAGAUGGACGAGGAGUUCAACAAGAGACUAGCAGGAACCAAACUGGGGGCCCUGCUCCAAUACGACACCUACUGCAAGUAGGGAAAGGCAGCAGGGAUCACACUUCAUCUCUGUGGUUCACAGUGGGCCCACCCAACCAAGACCACAUUAACAUGUGCUGAUUUGAAUGAGAGAUGCGGUGAACAUCAGAAUGUGGACGUCUCUUCUGUUAACUUUAAUGAAGGACAAUCAGUUCCCUGUGUUCAAAAAACAACAUUUUAAACUACCUGCAUGUUAUAUGCAGUAUUAACAAACAUAAAAAAAAAUCACAAUCUUUCAUAGAGAUAAUGUCUUAUGAAUGUAUGAAUGAAUGAAUGAAUGAAUCUUUAUUUAGCAGACUCAAGUCCAUAAAUACAAACAUAAGACACAACAGAUAAAAUACACCGAAUAUAAUAUGUGCUGAUUUUAAUGAGAGAUGCGGUGAACAUUAGAAUGUGGAAUUUGCUGGUCUGUGUCAUAUCCAAGUACAGCUAUGAUCACAAACACUGAUUAUUGAUUAUUGAUCACAACUGUAUUAAGAGUUGCAAAAAUUGUUUCAUUAUGCAUAUGUUACGGACUCUUCUUGUUACAAUUCAGAAAAUGCCAAUAAAAUCAUGAAUGGAAGAGAA